AAACCACAUCCUCCCCGCAACCACGCAACAGCAUGGCCCUCAGUACGACGACCGAUGCAUCGGUGGAUGAGAUCGCACAAAAACGGCUCGAGUGUCUGGAAACGCUGAAUGAAACCGUCGACACGACGAUAUCGGGACUCUUCUGCCCCGGGACAUGGGAUGGGUGGUUAUGUUGGCCGGACACUGCUGCAGGUACCUCGGCAUACGCCCUCUGUCCCGCCUUCAUAUCAGGUUUCGAUCCAACGAGGUUUGCGCACAAAGUGUGCAGUGAGAAUGGGGAAUGGUUCCGGCAUCCGGAGACGAACAGGAGCUGGUCCAACUACACAACCUGCAUCAACCUGGACGACUUCGAGUGGCGGAAACAGGUGAACCUAAUAUACGAAACCGGAUACGCCAUCUCGCUGAUAGCCAUACUGCUAUCGCUCGCUAUUUUAAGCUACUUUAGAUCGUUAAAAUGCGCACGAAUAACGCUACACAUGAACCUGUUCGUAUCCUUUGCCUGCAACAACUCCCUCUGGCUGCUGUGGUACCGGCUGGUGUUGACCGAUCUCGAUCUCCUGAAGGAAAGCGGUGCUGGCUGCAUCACGCUGCAUCUGGUGUUGCACUACUUUCUCCUGACCAACUACUCCUGGAUGCUGUGCGAAGGAUUCUACCUUCACACCGUGCUGGUGUCGGCGUUCGUGUCGGAGAAGAAGCUGCUCAAAUGGUUGCUGGCGCUCGGGUGGGGUUCGCCCGCCUUCUUCAUCGUGCUGUACGGGUUUCUGCGUGGAUAUGCCAGCCCACCGAACGAUACGAUAGAGUGCUGGAUGAACGAUAGUUCCUUCAACAAGGUGUUCGUCGGACCGGUGUGCAUUUCGAUGCUGCUGAAUCUGGUGUUCCUGUUCAACAUCAUGCGGGUGUUGCUGCUGAAGCUGAAAGCUCCGGCCGGCCCUCAGGGUGCCGGUCCGUCUAGAACGAUCUUGCAAGCAUUCCGCGCAACCCUUCUUCUGGUGCCCCUGCUCGGCCUCCAGUACAUACUGACGCCGUUUCGUCCGGGUAAUGGUCACCCGUACGAGCGAACGUACGAAACGAUGCUGGCGUGCACCUCCUCGUUUCAGGGGCUCUUUGUGGCGGUACUUUUCUGCUUCCUGAACGGGGAGGUCAUCGCACAAGUGAAGCGCAAGUGGCGCACCGUGUUCCUGCGUACCCGCGCCAACUCGUACACCGCGACGCAAGUGUCCUUCGUCCGUUGCGGUCCACCGGUCCCAGGUGAGGAGAAGGUUUGACUAAAGGAGUACACCGACCGUGGCCCUGCAAAAUCCGCCCGCAAACCGUUUUCCUGCCGCACCCGGAAGCGUUCCUUGCUUCUGCCGACUUCCUGCAUGAAGGCGUCGGAUGCACCACCUACCAGCACAAUGUCACGGACGGACCACCACCGUACAACGGUCUUUGAUCCAACCGUCACAACCGUCACCUCGGCUACAACGACCACGGCUGCCACCGAUACCGCAACUGCGACCGCUCAACCAGCUCAAAGAGUACACUUCCGACCGGAACUGGUGGCCGAUGCUGGACCGGAUGGUAAAGCUUCGCUCGCGGAACCAGCGGCCACAACCAACGGUCACACCCACCGACAGCCGGUGAACGGGUUUCACGCAGCAGUGGACGACCUGCCGGACGACGUUGAGCCACCGGCGGAUGAAAUCCUUUAAACAGGUCCGCGUUACGCUCCUUCGGCUAGCUUUAAAACGAGGUUUAAGUUGCAACGGUGAAACUAGUUUUAAUAAUCGAGAAGAGGAAACAAUACGGCCAAACCAAAACCAAACUAUCGUACGUAACUAUCGUGUUUUGCGUGAAAAUGACGCGUUGUGGGGGGGAGGGAAAUAGAGGGUUUUAUAAAAUACUUUUAAAAUAAACAAUCGUUCCUGUCCUCUUUGACGCUAUUUUACGCGUAACGUAAGAAGUCUCUGCACGUGUUUGCAGCAUGUAGAUAUGAUAAUUUGAUUUUACUUUAAAGCACGGUAUACCCGCUUUAACGAUCGCUUCCCAUACCAAAUCCAUGGUACUGUGUUGUCAGAUACAAAAGGAAUAUGUACUUGUGUUUUGCACGGCAAAGAAAACAGACCGAUAAAUAAGAAUAAAUGUUAUUACAAUGUAGUGAAUGGUUUAUAAAAGGUGGGAGAAACGAAAAUUGAAAGAGGAAAAGCCUCUGGAUUGUUCGUAUAUUCAUGACUGUGUCAUUUGCCAAUGUGAAAUAAACGGUUCUGUAAACAGGUGGAAGAAAAUUUGUACAAGGGAAGCAUUAACCUUGCAAUUUCCCGCUAAGAUAAAACCAAAAACAAAACCAGAGUAUAGCUACACUUAAAGAAAAAUACAAUCCAUAUAAAAUCACUCGAAAAAAAGCCGUCGUAAUGUUAAGCCGUUCGUGGAUAGGAUCAACGCAACCUACGAGCCAAUGUAAUGAAAGAAAAUUGAAUGAAACAGUUUCGCAAAGCGUUCGGCUAUACUGUGUGAAAGUCAGUUGCGUUAUUAUUAAAACUAUAGAAUCAAAACACAAUAGUACGCAACCACACACAUAACACACACCAACUCAUCUAGAUAAAUACAAAACGAGUAGAUAAAUUGUAGGUUUAUACAGAAUGGAACGGCAAACUGUAACUCAAGUGAAUGUUUCGAUUUUUUUUCUUAUUUUAUUGCUCUAAAAACAUAAACGUAAUACGCGGCAAAUGUGAAACGGAAACAAAAUUUGUGUAGAACAAAAUAAAAAAUGAAAUGAAACAAUCUA